AUGCUGCUUUCCAAGCUGGACUCGUUGUCUCACAUUUCACCAAGCAUGGAUCUGCCGGCGAAGUUUCAUCUCCAGCAAGGUAAUAAACGUUAAAACAACGAUCAUGUUUUGGUGUUAAACUGUAGUUUUUUAACCUCGGACACUGAGUGACCUGAUUCUGUUGUCCUUAUCUAACCUCAACCGGUAUGCCGUGAAGAAAACCUCCAUGCCGGGUCACAUCAGGUCACAAAUCGGAUGGGUUACAAAAAUCAGCGCGACACAUCAACCGACAAACCGGUGGAUAAUGGGAAUAAAAGCAGCUUUUUUUCUCUACAAGAACGAUGUAAAUCCAAAAUUUGUUCAACACCAAAUGAAAUAUGUCGAUUUAGUAUUUAACGGCUCAAGCUUGGCGAAUGUUGAGGGAAUUAAAACAACGUAUAGUUUUAAAUCCACACAUCUUAACGGCUCAUUUUGAAUGACCUUUAAGUAACACGCCGAGGAGCCAUUUUGAAAAGCCAGGUGUUCUGCUUAAAAGUGUCACCGUCUCUCGAUAAAGGCUUCGCGCCGGUGUUUUUAUUUUAAUCGUUUAGUUCAGACACACAGAAACAGUUUGAAGGGUUAGCUUUCUGAAGGGCAUCAUGACAUGUGGACGUCGCUAUUGUACGUCGACCAUAUUUAAACGGCUCCGAACAACAGGGGUCAUCUGAGGACACGGAGCUUCGUGGCCGCGUGGAUUUAGGGAUUUUUCUCUAUCUGAGUAGAUAAUAGACAGAAAAUAUUAUGACCUUUUUGUCUUUAUGAAAAUGUGAUAUAUACUGUGUCAUAACUGUUUAAUAUUUUGAAAACGUGGGUUACAAUUUUGAUCCAACGUGUCAGGGCCUCUGCCGCCUAAAUCAUAGGAAUGAAUCCUAACGUCUUUUUUCUCUUCCUUUUUUUUUUUUUUUUUAGUGAAGACGGAGAAGCAGCCGUUCGAGAAGCUGUAUCGGCUGGGUUCGGUGAUCGGUAGCGGAGGAUUCGGGACGGUGUACUCGGCUGUUCGCCUCGCCGAUGGUCUGCCGGUAAGCGCGGGGUGAUGCUUUGUUUUGGUCCCAGUGUCUCGCCGGUGGCACAUGGUGGCGGAUCCCAGUGUGAAGUUACACGGAGAGAGCUUCUGCUUCCGGUCACGACCUUUCAAAAUAAAACGGCGCUGGCUAUUUUUUUUACCGAUCAUAGUUAAAUCGGAAUCGAUUGAGUUAACCUUCCUCUUGUGUUAGUCUUUACCAUGCACCCACUAAAAUUACACUAAAAACAAUUCUCUAUCAUCCAGUUUGGUUCUCAUCUCUAGGUAACCUUGUUAAGCUUCAUUGUCCAUGAACAUAUUGAUUGUAAUAUUUUUUGUAGAUGGCCUUUGGGCCUUUCUUUGUCAGUUUAACACUCAUACAGACAUCUAUACUGACUUGAUCUCACAUGUCUAAACAGCCCCACGUUAUUUUUGUGCAGGGAAAAACACGUUUUAUAAUUUUAGUUAGUUUAAUUGUUCUAUAUUUUAUUUUGCUGAGACAGAAGUUUCUGACAAAGUCAAAAAGUCUUGAUGCAAAAAAGCUAACUUAUGAAGUUCUUUUAAGCAUUUAGAAUAAAAACAGUCCUGUGCAGACCCUAAUACAGGAGGAGGGUUAAAGAUGCAGUAAAUACUUGUAUAUUAUUAGUGUCAUUCUUAUUUUAUCGUUGUUCCUGUCCUUGUACUCCCCUCAAUGACAUUGAAGUGGAAUCUAAUCUAAUCUUAUUAAUUAUUUUUUAUUUAACUUAGUACUUAAAUUGAAAACAAGACAUGUACUAGCUGGCCAUCUAUUAGUUGAUGCACAUGUUGAUAACUGUUUUCUAUUGCAACUGAUGAAUGCAGAUUUUAUUGCAAAUAGUCACAGGCACGUUCUGGUAUGUUAGUAAUACUCCAAUGAGGUGAACUCAUUACUCUUAAGUAUUCAUUGGUUUCAUUUUGUCUUCAUCAUGUUUGCUCCUUCUCCAGUCAUACAAAUGUAAAAGUUUUAAUUUAUUUCUUUUUUUCCAUGUUAUUUUUGUCACUAAAGAAAACAGAAACCUCUGAACUUUAGAUUCACCUCAUAAUGUUGGGAAUCCAGGAUUCUGUUUUGAGCCUGUGCUUUUAUUUUGAAAGCCUCGCCUGGCCCCUGAACUUCCUGUUUGAAUUGUGUCAGCUGGCAAACUUGAUCUGUUCAGUCCUGUCUAGCAUGUGGUCUUUGUUUUCACAAAGAAGCAUGGUCAAAGAAGCUGAGAUCUUCCCUCUAUUUUCAGGGAAAUAGUUGAAUAUUUCUGUUUUGACUCAAAGAGAAGGUGAUUAUUUUACAUUUAUGAACGGAUUUAUUUCAGCUUUUCAAACAUAGAGGAGAAAUCCAGUUAAUCAGUAAACAAAGAAAACAUUCAGAGGCUGGAGCAGGAAACAAAAGGCGUCUUAUUCCUGUUCACCAUGGCAGAGAUUUCACAUGAAUGCUGUUUGUUUUGUAACUUCUCUUAAAGGAAUUAUGUAACAGAGUCUGUUAUUCACCAAGGUUGAGACGCUGCGUGUUUCUAAUGAAGGUUUUUGUUUUGUGCAGGUGGCGGUGAAGCAUGUGUGCAGAGAAAGAGUGUCUGAGUGGGGCUCUCUGGUGAGAUUAACCUGCAUUUUUAUACCUAUUUUACACACACAGAACAUGAAUCAAUUCACUAUAUCGUAAACAGAGUUAGUACACCAAUAGAUAUGUAAGUUUCUGUUUACAAAGAGUGGAAGAUCUGGCUCUUAUGAAGAGUAACUCUGCUCAGGGUCUCAGGAUUUAACACCACAGAAAACCUGAGACUAAAACUCAUUUUAGAACUGGAUUUGUCGAGUAUUUUGCGAUAUUUUCCCCUCUAAAUAGACUUUAGCUUCAUCAAAAAAUGUUCACACUCGCUUUAUUGACAGGAGUUGUAAUGCAGCUGGCAGGGUAUGGCCAAAAUCUCACAUUGCUGUUACUCAGCAGUUGCUAUAACUAUCAAUUUUCUCUAAAGUCGAGUAAAUUUGUGAUGUUGUGACAAGCGACGCCCGGAGAACGAACCGUUUCCGUUUGACGUUUCUGCUGCACUUUUGCGGUCCAGGUCGUAAUCCUUGUCUUUCUCUGUGCUCCUCAGUGUGGUUCAGUGGUCCCUCUGGAGAUCGUGCUCUUGAAGAAAGUGGGCGGGACUUUCAGCGGGGUGGUGCGGCUGUUAGACUGGUGGGAGCGGAUGGACGGCUGGCUGCUGGUGAUGGAGUGUCUGGAGCAGGGGCAGGACCUGUUCGAUUACAUCACAGAGCGCGGCGCGCUGGACGAAGCGGUCGCGCGAGGCUUCUUCCUGCAGGUGCUGGAGGCCGUGCGUCACUGCUACACCUGCGGUGUCGUCCACAGGGACAUCAAAGACGAGAACCUGCUGGUGGACCUGAGGACGGGAUGCAUCAAACUCAUCGACUUCGGCUCGGGGGCGCUCCUCAAAGAGACCGCCUACACAGAGUUUGACGGUGAGUCUGAUGAUCCUCCACGCCUCAGCUUGUCAGGAAGGUUGUUCCAAAGUUGAGGUUUGACCCCUCCCUCCUCCCUGCAGGUACACGGGUCUACAGUCCUCCAGAGUGGAUCCGGUUCCGCAGGUAUCACGGCCGCUCUGCCACCAUCUGGUCGCUUGGCGUGCUCCUGUACGACAUGGUGUGUGGGGACAUUCCUUUUGAACAAGACGAGGAGAUCCUGAGAGGACGGCUCUGCUUCAGACAGAAAGUCUCAUCAGGUCAGUAUGAGCGAGAAGAGCGAAAGAGUCGAAUCUGCUGAGGUCAUGAGAACCAAAAUACGGUCGGAUCCUGAUCCAUGUUUAGAGGAAAGAGGAGAGAGCUCUGCCUGACAGGCGAAACUCAGGGCAAAGAUAUCUUUUGUUUUAAGGUGUAAUUUCCUGUUGAAGUUCCUCAUCAUCUCUUGCGUUUGUGUCACAGACUGCCAGCAGCUGAUUGGCUGGUGUCUCAGCCAGCAGCCGUGUGACCGGCCAACCCUGGAGCAGAUCCUCCUCCACCCAUGGGUGACGGGCAGCAGCGAGCAGAAAUCAGACAGCAGCAUCACACUCCAAUCCAUCACAGCUGACCCCUCCUCCUCCUCAACGUCCUCCUCCAGCCAGCAGAGCAUCUGA